AACAUGCCACCAAAGGUUAGUUCUAAGGGAGCCAAGAAAGCCGGUAAGGCAAAGGCCGCACGUGUCGGCGACAAGAAGAAGAAGAGGAGGAGGAAGGAAAGUUACAGCAUCUACAUCUACAAGGUGUUGAAACAGGUGCACCCCGACACUGGUAUCAGCAGCAAAGCUAUGUCCAUCAUGAACAGCUUUGUCAACGAUAUCUUCGAGAGAAUCGCCGCUGAGGCAUCCUGUCUCGCCCAUUACAACAAGCGAUCCACCAUCACCUCUCGGGAGAUCCAGACCGCUGUCCGUCUCCUCCUCCCCGGUGAAUUGGCUAAGCACGCCGUCUCUGAGGGUACCAAGGCCGUCACCAAGUACACCAGCUCUAAGUAG